AUGAGUGCCUCCAAGGCGCAGUCUCAAAAACUCUUUGAGAAAAUGAAGUUGAAGCCCGCAAACAAGGUGUGCUUCGACUGCAACUCUAAGAAUCCUACCUGGUCGUCGGUUCCUUUUGGAAUCUACCUGUGCCUUGACUGCUCAUCCAAUCACCGCAAUCUCGGCGUUCACAUCUCCUUUGUUCGAUCCACAAACCUCGACCAGUGGCAAUGGGAGCAACUCCGGGUGAUGAAGGUCGGUGGCAAUGAGUCCGCAACCAAAUACUUCCAGUCGCAUGGAGGAUCUGCUGCGCUGGCCAGCAAGGACGCCAAGGUCAAGUAUACUUCCAAUGCGGCCGUCAAAUAUAAGGAGGAACUGAAGAGACGGGCUGCAGCGGAUGCGCAACAGUACCCCGAGGAGGUUGUCAUCACCGAUCUCCCUGCUGGCACCCCCUCUGACGGCUCUGCUACCCCUGCCGGAGAAGACGACGACUUUUUCUCGUCCUGGGACAAGCCCUCGAUUAAGCGUCCGAGCAACCCACCCUCCCGCACUAGUACGCCACCCGUCGUGAGCCGAACCGGAUCUCCCUUUUUGACCGCCAACUCGAACGGCUCUCGCUCGAAGUCUCCCUUGUCUGCCUCUGAAGAGAAGCCCGCAGCUCCCGCUCCGACUGCCAUUCGCGCCAACGCCGCGAAGAAGACUACCACUGUUGGGGGUGCGAAGAAGGGCCUUCUGGGAGCCAAGAAGGCUCCUAAGCUUGGCGCGAAGAAGGUUGCUCCCAGUGACAUCGAUUUCGAGGAGGCUGAGCGGAAAGCCAGAGAGGAGGCCGAGCGCAUUGAGAAGCUUGGAUAUGAUCCCGAGGCUGAGCAGGCCGAGGCCGAUGCCAAGGCCAAGUCCACUGCUGCGGUGCCUAUUGCUUCUCCCACUCCGGUUAGCCCCAACCGUGGUGGAUUCGGUGCUACCAGCAAGAACGAUGAGCGCAACUCAAGCGAUGUCGAUCGUCUUGGCAUGGGAAUGAACAGACUUGGAUUCGGUCAGGUCUCAAAGCCCCCAGCUCCCAAGAAGCUCGGAUUCGGUGCUGUUGCUCCCAGAUCUGCGGCUGAUGAGGCUGAACUCUCUCAAACCAAGACACGAUUCGGUACCCAGAAGGGUAUCUCUUCUGACGAGUUCUUUGGCCGUGACCGCUUCGAUCCCAACGCCCAGGCUGAGGCCAAGCAGCGCCUCACAGAAUUCGACAGCGCGACCUCUAUCUCCAGUAAUGCUUACUUCGGCCGGCCCGAGGAUGACCUUCCGCCGAUGGACGAUGGCUACGGAGACUUGGAAAACACUGCCAAGGACUUUGUCCGCCGCUUCGGCAUCACCGCAGGAGAUGAUAUUGAGAACCUGUCGCACCUCGUUGGUGAAGGAGCGACCAAGCUACAAGGUGCCAUUCGCAGCUACCUGAACUCAUAA